GCCUUCUAUCACCAAAUAAAAGGGUUGUGAUGUCGCUGCGACAGCUACUGGGAUGGUCAGAUGGAGAGGUGAUGCGGCCGGAGUCAAAGCCCUGCUCCCGACUGAUGCGCCACACUGCUGGUAUCUUCUCAGUUGGUGGUGGCCUUGCUUUCUGGGUGCUUUGCCGCCUUCACUAUGGUCCAAGGAUAACGGUUCCAAGGAGUCUCAGGUGGGCAUCCUGUGGAGCGAUGGGCACGAGCGCGACGGCAGCCAUGCUUGUGCGGCUCUUCAGCCCGGAGUGUGAACCGCAGAACAUAGCAGCUUUCGACAGACCUGAAUACAAGCCUGCAUAGUGUCAUGGCAAUCCAGUGCCAGGUCUACCAAGCCCUAUGCGAGUUUGCUGAUUCGGCCCUUGGUAUCUGCCUUGCAAGAUGUUUAUGCAUAAAUGUACCUCCCCUGAAAUUGGACACCUCUGUGUUUCCUACACUCUGGCCGCCGUCAUUUUGUUCUGAAACUAGGAGCUUUUUGCAUCAAAUUUGGAGCUAGUACCUUUUUGCAUCAAAUUUGGUUUCCGUUGCUCGCGAAGUGAGGUAGUGAUGUAUUGCUGAACACAUUUUGAAUGCUGAUAAGUUAUACUCAGUUAACCUGAUGGCUUCCGUGAGAUACAUAAACAUAUUCCGAUUUGACC